UGCACCCUGCGACGCACAUCCGCCUUUCCAAUGGAGCUCAUGGAUACCCUUUUCGACUCUUCCAAUCAUUCCCUGGUGAUUGCAAGCAGCUUUGCUGCUUUGUACUUUGCAUAUCAGCUGGGCAACAUUGUCUACUCCAUCUUCUUCCACCCUCUGAGCAAUGUUCCUGGUCCUUGGUAUCUUGCUGCCUCUCGCAUCCCAUACAUACGUCACAACUUGAAUGGCACUCUGUUGCCAUGGAUGCAAGAGCUUCAUGAGAAAUAUGGCGCAAUGGUUCGCUACACUCCUAACGAGGUAAGUAAACGAAAGCGGACACUCCUGGCAAUGGUCACAGCCUCCUGGCACGACUCCGAUCACACGCACGCAGUCCGCCAAAACAUAACAAUUACAUUCACCAAACUAAUACACAAUCAANNGGUAUCCGUUAUUUCGGGUAAGGACAACCCAUUCCAAGAGAUUUACGGUUUCCGCACCGGCAAGCAGAAGCAAACUGCAAGCUUCGAGAAAGACCCUGCUUGGUAUCCGCCAGCACCGCAAGGAAUUCCGCACCUCAUAAGCGCUCAAGGAGACAAUCACGGCCGUCAACGUCGUGUCAUCAGUCACGCCUUUUCUGACAAAGCCCUCCGAGAACAAGAGGGCUUGCUCCAAUCGUAUGUUGAUUUACUCAUCUCCAGGUUCCGUGACAUCUCAGAUCGCUCUCCCGAUUACGCUUCAGGCGGCGACGGUUGGGACUCUACUGGCAAGAUCGAGCUUUGCAACUGGUACAAUGGACUCACAUUUGAUGUGAUUACGGAUUUGAGCUUCGGCCAUCCCUUCGGAUCUCUUGCCAAUUCUAAGCAACAUUUCUGGAUUCCCCAAAUCCUUGAGAGUAUCAAAGCUGUAAAGUUUUACUAUGUCAUGCAUUACUUCCCGAUUGUUACAAAACUGGGCUCUUUGGUUGUCAACAAAGCGCAGAUCAAGCAGCGUCUUGAACUUUUCCAAUGGAUCAAAGAAAAGACCGAUGCCAGAGUCGCCACGGAGACACAACGACCAGACUUCGUGACGGCCAUUCUGAAGAACUCAGAAAGUGACAGCAAGAAAGGCGAAGGCCUGCGUGAGGGUGAGCUGCAAAGCAACCUUGUUCUUUUCAUGGCAGCUGGUACGGAGACAACAGCAACCACACUUUCCAUCUGCAGCUAUCUCCUGCUCAAGAACCCAGAUGUCAUGGAGAAAGUCAANAAAGAGGUCAGAAACCGCUAUGAAAGCAACGCCGACAUCGUCGUGGACUCUGCUGCUCAUCUAGAGUAUCUGAAUGCUUGCAUCCAGGAGACUCUGCGCUUAUAUCCUCCUGUGCCUGCAGGAUUCUUGAGGAAGGUCCCAGAAACGGGUGGAGAUGUCGCAGGUGUACAUUUCUCAGGCAAGGGCAAUGUGUUCAACCAAUACAUCGCCAAUCGCUCCAGCCUCAACUUUGUCAACCCGACACACUUUGUUCCCGAGCGCUGGCUAGCCAGUCCGCCACAAGAAUAUGCUAACGACAACCUCGCAAUUGUGCAACCCUUCUCAUUCGGACCUAGAAAUUGCGUGGGCAAGAAUCUGGCGUGGGCGGAGCUUCGCCUGGUAAUGGCAAAGGUGUUGUUCAAUUUCGAUAUUGAGCUGGAUCCGAGGAGUAUCGACUUUGAGGAGAAACUUGAGCAUCAUACUCUGUGGUCCAGACCUAAGUUGUGGGUCAAGUUGACUGCAGUGAAAAAAUGA